AUGCCCCCGGUGGCUUCGGACGACUUGUUUCGCCAGCAGAGCCGGUCCCUAGGAGAUAACAUCCCUCUUCCCGAGGAUUUGAACCGUGCGAAUCCAGAGAAUGAUACGGGGGGAAAGACCAAGAAAAAGGGAAAAGGCGGAUCCAAAGGGAAGAACAAGGUGGCCAAGGUGGCGUCAAAGGCGCCUGUAGAAGACUUACUCGAAGGAUCUCCGCCCUUGCAGGCUGAGCCGUCGUCCUGCCCGGAUCCACCUCUAGAGCCACACAGUAAGCUAGAUGACGGGUCGCCAAUCCUUGAUGCGCUGGACUCGCUCAGGCAGACGCCGGACCCGGACCUUGCCUACAGGACAGACACGUGGGCAAAAUCCAUCCCAUAUGGCAAGAGUCCCCCAAACGACAUCCUCGAUGAGGACAUCCCCAGCGAGUCCCCAUUCAGAUUUCUUACUAGCCAAGAUAAGGGUGGAUUCAGCAAUCCUUCUUCUGCCUCACCUCCACCCAGGACAAGGCCCCUAAGUUAUGGGAAUAGCCAUCCGAGUAGCUUCCCCCGACAACAGCCUGUAGAUCGACAGAAGAGUCACUCUGUCAGCACUCCGUUCACCCAUCAUACUCCGUUGCCUCAUUUACCACAGGCCCAUUUUUACGGAGCACCGGAUAUCGAUCUUCCGUCGUUUCCCGCCCAAAGUCGGUCCCCUAAUGACGGGCACUAUUCAUUUUGUGCUUUCGACACGAUCCCUAGCCCUUCAUUUAAAACGUCUAGAAUGGGUAAUGGCGUUCUUCUGGUCGGCACCGAUGGUUCACUGGAGGUGUUGGCUGUAGACGACCGCAAGAGCGCCUUGAUCGGAAAACUGAAUGGUCUUACUGGCCGUGUGGUCGAGGCAAAGAUCCUAGCUUGCAAUUCCCCAAAUGACCCGGCUUCAACGUCCCGACCACAUGUUGCCGUUAUUUUGCAUGGCCCUUGCGUCCCAACGGAAGACGAGGGUCGUGCGUCUUCUACUGGAUCGGAAACCAAUGAGACAUUGUCUGUCCCUACUGGAAGAUAUUCCACUGCCGAGAAGCGCCAAAGCCGUGACGAUGCCAAGUUUUAUCAAACAAGAGUGGAAGUAUACUCUCUGAGAACAGGAAAUCAUGUCACAACGCUUUUGACAACCAAACCUAGUCCAUGUUUUGAAAAUAUCCCUGGACUUCCGGUUUUCACACCUUCCCCAUCGGGAAAUUUGAAGCUUUUUGCAAGUGGCAAUUACUUCGUGGUAGCUUCUGGCCUGAGUGGAGAGGUCUUUAUCUAUAACCUGAAUACAUACCAGUGUCUGGGCAAAACUUGGACUAGUAUUCAGUCUAGAGAGACAAGACGGUACUCCACCUCUUCUAGCUCAACGGACCCGGAUGGGUCUCGAAAUGAUUCUCCACAUGGAUCUACCAAUUCCGAUAGCCCGAUCCUUGCGUUAAAGGGGAGAUGGCUAGCGAUCGUUCCGCCAUCAGCAACCUACCGAGCAUCUCUUGGUGCAAUGGUGCCGGCGUCGUUGGUGCAUGGCAAGAUCUUCGGGCUUGAGACGCGUAGUCCUCCGUCGCGGCCCGCCAUUACUUGUGUUACCGAUGUCGGUGAGGGUGAAAGCUUUCUCGACAAAGUAGCCCGGGGCGUCACCCAGGAGCUUGUGCGGGGGGCACGCUGGAUGGGUGAUCAGGGGUUGCAGGCUUGGAAUAGUUACUGGAAUAAGGAUCAACCGCAAAACACUCCAGCACGGCGUUCUCAUAUAAUGGAUUUCCCGCAACAGGGAUAUAGUCCCUUUCCUCCAACGCAUGCUCAGGAGACCCAAGCCGCUUCCCCGGCAGAACCAGAUCUGGUUUCCAUCAUGGAUUUGAGACGGCUCGACGAAGGAGGAGAUGUGAAAAGUACCGCAUUGUUCACGCCUGUUGCCACAUUCCAGGUCCCUAAUGGAUGUAGUUUCCUUUCAUUCUCUCCAAGUGGUCUCAUGCUUCUGACCGCAAGCAAGAAGGGCGAUGUUCAGUAUGUAUGGGAUUUGAUGCAGGCAAAAUAUUGUCGUGCGGGAGCUUUUCUCUCCGAUGAUACGGCGGCAGCGUCUGCCAAUGUUCGGCAGAUUGCACGGUAUGCGAGGUUGACGACAUCGCAUAUUGUGGACGUUAUCUGGUGCCCUCCAUCUGGAGAUCGCUUGGCCGUCAUUACUCGCAAAGGGACAGUUCACGUCUUCGAACUUCCACGGAGCGCCUUCCAGUGGCCUCCGUUCCGCCGCGCCCGGGCUGCGCGCAGCAAACAGACAGCGACUGACCUCCCUCGUGAUGAGUUGUCUGAUAAAGCACCUAGCGCAAGUCCUUUGUCCACGGCGAUCAAACUUGUCGGGGGCAAGACUCAGCCGAUUAUUGCUGCAGUCAGGGGUCGUACACCUUCUGCUGGGGCUGCAUUUCCUGCCGUGAGCGGGUUUGCCAUUCCAUCCGCAGCCGGGGUGAUAGGUGGUAAGGCAGUUGCUGCUGGCUUAAGCAAGUCCAUGGGGGCAGCGAGCGGCACAGUCAAUACCCUGCGGCACGCGGGUGAAAACCGCUUACAUCUUCCAGGGCUUGCCCGGGACCCGGCUGUUUCACGCGUCGCAUGGAUUACGCACAAGAGCCAACCAUACUUGGCUUUGGUGGACAGCGGAUACUUCCGACUGUAUAGAAUUAAACGCUCUGUAUCAUCCAAUAGGACUCGGCAACCUCAGUCAGUGGUUGGGAACAAGGAGGCUGAAUAUAGAUUGCCUGCGAAUUUGGCGAGUCCUAGUGGCCCCAUGGCUUUCAUUUCCUUCAAUCCAGAGGUGACCGUUCACGCAUCAUUGGCUUUGCCCACUGCGGCCCCAAGAUCAUCGACAGCCACCAAGCUCAAGUGCCAGCCGCUCUCCCAGGCGGAGCUCGAAACAAACACCCCAUACCAACCCUUCCACACGGAUCAAAGAGUUAAUCUAUUUACAUAUUCUGACACGCGUGAGGUAGAUGGCUCUGCAGCAUCGGAUCCGGGUGGUCAGUGGGUCUUUGGAGGUGGUAUGCCAAUGUCUAAGCUCCACGUCCGCCCAUUCAGUGCGGGCAGUGACGAUGAUGGCGAUGACGUGGUGCAGCACGAACACCAGCAAGGAUUUAGUGGAGGAAUUGAGAAUUUGAUUAGCCUGGGCAACAGCACUGGCAACGUUGAGGAGGUCGUCAUUACGACGCGGCGGAAGAAGAAGCAAGCCUCUUCGCUCCAUCAGACUGGGGGGGCCGAGGACGGCUUCUUUGAAGACGACUGUGAGGUCUUGGAUUUUGCUGUCGAUCGGGUUUGA